GAUCUGCCGGCAUACACCAAUCAGUCAUAGUGAACCCAGUCUUCGGAAUCUCCACUUCCCAAAGAACCGGCUGUUUGUCCCAUUGCCAUGUGGUUCGGUUAUCGACACUCGACAUCCACAACAAUAUCCCUAUCCCCCAAUAAGCUUUUCGGAAAAAUCAUGAUGUUGACAAAUACUUCCACGGGGUUAUCGAACUAUACUUUCAUCGACCGGUCUACUCGCUAUGGCUAAAGGGUGGACAGAGUAAAAAGGGAGAGGGUCCGCGCUACUCGUGGAGUCUACCCAAUCCGGUAUCCUCCGAAAACAAUGCAACGAGACGAGGGCAGCCACUGAUUUAUACUUUGGAGGCGAAUCCGCGAGCGGUGGAAAACGCAGCCAUCACAACACGAUUCAUUGGGGAUGAGAAGUCUACAUGAUCCUACUAGAUCAGAAUUAGACGUCACACCGGCCCUAGCGGGAUUCGAAACCAUAUCUCGCGACUUGCACAAGGGAGAUUCUAUUAAUUCCGCCCCAUCGACCUGGCUCUGGAAUCAAAGAAGGAUGCGGCACGAUUCAGUCCCUCUACAAAUCCUGAAAUAUCAACCGAAGGAGUCAACAAACCUUGCGGAAAGCAACUCCAACGUAGCCCACGUGGCUCACCGAGUACCACCCGCGAUAGCCACAAAAAUAGAAUCAGAAAUAAUGCCCCCACCCCGAUAAAGAAAAUGUUUGUCCAGCAUAUGAGAUCUAUAGGGGUUAUCAUCGGAUUACUGCUGGAAGUGAUUACCGGUCCUAGGGACUGAGCAUCUGGCCACUGUAACAAAUUCUUUAAUUUGGUCUGCCCUCUGUUCAGCACGGCGUCUCUCAGGAUUAGAUGAGACUCAACAAAAGGAACUACCACAUUGAAAGGAGACCUCCCGGGAGUUAUGGUUAAGGCGGCAUACAAGGUGACAAUGAAAAUAGUAGGGC